UUCUCCAUAGCUACACUACACUCUCUCUACUCUUAUCCUAAUUCUUCUUUAUUUCCACAGAAAGAGAAAAGAGUGUUGUCAUCCACAGCCUUCCCCUCAAAAUAAACAUCUCUCUCUUUCACCCAUUAAAACCAAAUUCAGAAAAAAACCCAGAAAACAAGCAAAAUUAAAGAGCUUUUACUGAUCCACCAAACACAGAAUUUCAUAUACUCCCCCAAAAAAAAAAGUUCCCAGUCACACCCCACAUAAAAAAAAAAGAUUCAAUCUUUCUCAUUACCCAUCAUACACAACCUCAAAAAUCUCUUACUUCUCCACUAAACUCUACAACACCAAACUGAUGAUUUGAUUCUAAGCAAAAGAUUCUUUUACAACAACAACAACAAAUUAAAAAAAUAGGUUUUUCUACAAUGAAGCAGCUCCUGUCACUAUGCAUCAUCACCAUAACCUCCAUGGCUCUGUUCUCAGAUCUCAAGCUAGCAAAAUCGGGUUCACCAGAGUACACAAACCUAAUCUACAAAGGCUGUGCAAGACAGAAAUUGACAGAUCCUUCUGGUCUAUACUCACAAGCUCUCUCCGCAAUGUAUGGCUCUCUGGUCACUCAGUCGACGAAAACAAGAUUCUACAAAACCACAACCGGAACAACGAGCCAGGCGAGCAUCACCGGUCUUUUCCAGUGUAGAGGUGACUUAAGUAACAACGACUGUUACAACUGUGUUAGUCGUCUUCCUGUUCUCUCUGGUAAGCUCUGUGGCAAAACCAUUGCUGCUAGGGUUCAGCUUUCCGGCUGUUAUCUUCUCUAUGAAAUCUCUGGCUUUGCCCAAAUUUCAGGGAUGGAGUUGUUGUUCAAGACAUGUGGGAAGAAGAUUGCCGCCGGAACAGGAUUGGAGCAGAGGAGAGACACAGCGUUCGGGGUGAUGCAAAACGGCGUCGUUCAGGGUCACGGCUUCUACGCGACGACGUACGAAUCGGUGUACGUAUUAGGACAAUGCGAAGGCGAUAUAGGGGACUCAGAUUGUAGCAGCUGCAUAAAAAACGCGUUACAGAGAGCUCAGGUGGAGUGUGGAAGCUCAGUAUCGGGUCAGAUAUAUCUUCACAAAUGUUUUAUAGGUUACAGUUUCUACCCAAAUGGUGCUCCCAAGAGGUCUUCUCCUUAUCCUACCACUGGCUCUUCUUCUUCUUCUUCUUCUUCGUCUUCUUCAGGAACAACAGGGAAAACGGUGGCAAUAAUAGUAGGAGGAACAGCUGGAGUUGGCUUUCUUGUUAUUUGUUUGCUUUUCGUCAAAAACUUGAUGAAGAAGAAAUAUGACGAUUAUUGAAAAUAAAUAGUAUGAAGACGACAGCAAAACGAAUCCAAAACCCCGAAAUAGAGGCAAAAAAAAGCUAAUGUGAACUCCGAGGUGCAUGGCAAUUAUUAUUAAAUUUGACGAUCUUUAUUUUUUUUUCUUCUUGAAAUUGAUACUCUCUAUUUUUGAUAUUUUUGGUAGAUGGAAGGAAAUUGUGGUUGUUGGAUUAGAAAAUUUGUUAAAAGAGUAACAAACAAGUACUUCGAUUUGUCUUAAUUUUUUUUUAAUAUUAAAAAAUGUAAAUGAUUCCUACUUUCUAUUAUCUGAAUUUAAGUUCCUUAAAAAAAGCA